AUGGGUCGUCACGGAAAGGGUCCCAAGACCAAUAAGCAGAAGCUUGCUCCAGAGAAGGAGAGAUUUUUGCAAUGUUGUACUGAUAUUACAUUAGAGCUGACCAACUCUCUGACCUCAGGUACCACUAGAGAGAUUAAUCUGAAUGGUCUUAUUACCAAGUAUUCCAAGAAGUAUAAGCUAAAGCAACAGCCUAGAUUGACGGAUAUCAUCAACUCCAUUCCAGAUCAAUAUAAGAAAUAUUUAUUGCCUAAGUUGAAGGCCAAACCAGUGAGGACUGCUUCAGGUAUAGCUGUUGUUGCAGUUAUGUGUAAGCCUCAUCGUUGUCCUCACAUUGCAUAUACCGGUAACAUCUGUGUCUAUUGUCCUGGUGGUCCGGAUUCGGAUUUUGAAUAUUCAACACAAUCAUAUACAGGUUAUGAGCCAACAUCAAUGAGAGCCAUCAGGGCUCGUUAUGAUCCUUACGAGCAGGCUCGUGGUAGAGUUGAACAGUUGAAGCAAUUAGGUCACUCUAUUGACAAAGUCGAAUAUGUGGUUAUGGGUGGUACUUUCAUGUCUUUGCCAAAGGAUUACAGGGAGGACUUUAUAGUGAAGUUACACAAUGCCUUGUCCGGCUAUAAUGGUAAUGACAUAGAUGAAGCUAUAAGAUAUUCUCAACAGAGUUUGACAAAGUGUGUCGGUAUUACAAUCGAAACAAGACCAGAUUAUUGUACAGAGACCCACCUGGAUGAUAUGUUGAAGUAUGGUUGUACAAGACUGGAAAUCGGUGUCCAGUCGCUAUAUGAAGAUGUGGCUCGUGAUACAAACAGAGGCCAUACUGUGAAGGCAGUGACGGAAACGUUUGCCAUUGCCAAGGAUGCUGGUUAUAAAGUUGUUUCUCACAUGAUGCCUGAUCUGCCAAACGUGGGAAUGGAAAGAGAUCUACAGCAAUUCAAAGAGUAUUUUGAGAAUCCAGCCUUUAGAACAGACGGUUUGAAGAUUUAUCCAACAUUAGUCAUCAGAGGUACAGGUCUGUACGAACUAUGGAAAACCGGCAGAUAUAAGUCAUACAAUGCCAACGCUUUAGUAGAUUUGGUGGCCCGUAUCAUGGCGAUGGUUCCACCUUGGACAAGAAUUUAUCGUGUUCAAAGAGAUAUUCCUAUGCCGCUGGUUACAUCAGGUGUGGACAAUGGUAAUCUAAGAGAAUUGGCAUUAGCCAGAAUGAAGGAUUUAGGUGUCACCUCCAGAGACGUGAGGACGAGAGAAGUUGGUAUUCAAGAAGUGCAUCACAAGGUCCAACCCGAUCAAGUUGAGUUAAUUAGAAGAGACUACUAUGCCAAUGGUGGCUGGGAAACUUUCCUAUCUUACGAAGAUCCAAAGCAGGACAUUCUGAUUGGUCUACUAAGACUCCGUAAAGCAUCUAAGAAGUACACAUACAGAAAGGAGUUCACAAGUCAGAGGACAUCUAUUGUCAGAGAACUUCACGUCUAUGGUAGUGUGGUGCCACUGCAUUCCAGAGACCCUAAGAAAUUCCAACAUCAAGGGUUUGGUACGUUGUUGAUGGAAGAAGCAGAGAGAAUUGCCAAGGAAGAGCAUGGAUCCAGUAAGAUAUCUGUUAUUUCAGGUGUUGGUGUAAGAAAUUACUAUGCCAAGCUAGGUUACGAGUUGGACGGUCCAUACAUGUCUAAGAAAAUUUAA